CCAGAGACCGGCUCGCGCCCAGGCCUCACAGCCGCCAACCGGGACAUGGCUCAGGCCGGCAACUCCGGGGACCCCGGAUCCUCCCGCCGCUGCCUGGCCACACAGUACUUCACUGAGGAGGAGAACAACGCCAUCGAGAGCCUGAGCACCAGCGAGAGGGUGGUGGAUCUGUUGAACCAGGCGGCUCUCCUGGUCAAUGAUAAGAUCUCGGUCCUCAAACAGGUGCAGGAGCUGAUAGUGAACAAGGACCCCACGCUGCUCGACAACUUUCUGGAUGAAAUGAUUGCAUUUCAGUCGGAUAAAUCCGUUGAUGUUCGGAAGUUUGUGAUCGGAUUCAUGGAAGAGGCCUGUAAGCGGGAUAACGAGCUGCUGCCCAAGCUGAUCGCUAACCUGAACAUGCUGCUUAAAGAUGAGAACGUCAACGUGGUCAAGAAAGUCAUCCUGACCAUGACUCAGCUUUACAAGGUGGCUCUGCAGUGGAUGGUGAAGUCGAAGGUGAUCAGUGACAUGGAGGAGGCGUGCUGGGACAUGGUCAGUGCCAUGAAGGACGAGAUUGUCACCAUGUUGGACUCAGACAAUGACGGGAUCCGCACCCACGCUGUCAAGUUCAUCGAGAGCCUGAUCAUCACCCUGUCCCCUCGCACCCCAGACUCCGAGGUACCCAAACGCCAAGAGAACGACAUCAGCCUGGACCGUAUUGCCAAGGGCCAUCCCAACAUCAAAGCCAAUGUCCUGCAGGAGGAAGGGAAGUUGGCACUUGACCACUUGCUGAAGUUUAUGGUGCACCCGGCGAUCACUAGCAUCAACCUGACGGCAGCGCUGGGCUCCCUGGCCACCAUCGCCCGACAGAGACCCAUGUAUAUGUCCGAGGUCAUCCAGGCCUACGAGACGCUUCACGCUAACUUGCCCCCGACCCUGGCCAAGUCUCAGGUCAGCAGUGUGAGGAAGAAUCUGAAGCUCCACCUGCUGAGCGUGCUGAAGCACCCAUCCUCCUUCGAGUUCCACGCCCAGAUCACCACCCUGCUCCUGGACCUGGGCACCCAACAGCAGGAGAUCGCACGCAACAUGCCCAGCCUCAAGGAGCUGCGCAAGAGACACCGCGACGAGGCUGAGCAGGGGGCCAAGAAGAUCAAGAUCGAGCCGCUGGCUGAGGAUGAUGAAGAUAAGGACCUGGAACCCACAGCGGCCGUGGCUCCCAAACCCUCGUCCACCCAGAACACCCAGUCAGCCAUCGACAUCACAGCACAGUUCCUCACUCCCCUGCUCUCCCCUGACAACGUGGCUAAUCUGGUACUGAUCAGCAUGGUGUACCUGCCUGACGUGAUGCCAGCCUCCUUCCAGGCCACCUAUACCCCGGUGGAGUCUGCGGGGACUGACGCCCAGAUCCAGCACCUGGCUCGGCUCAUGGCCACACAGAUGACGUCAGCCGAUCUGGGGCCAGGUGUGGAGCAGAUGAAGCUUCAGGCCGACGAGGAUCAGAAGGCGGGGAAAGACGGCAAGUCGGACAGCCCGCUGAUCAAGCGACGCGGCACCAACCUCAAACCGGGCCAAGGCCAGGCCAUCUCAGUGGUGGGCGCCCCCGCUCCCUUCCAGCCCAGCAAGGAGGAGGACACCCAGGCCAGGCGCAGGCCAGAGCCCAUCAUGCCGUCCAGCCAGCAAAGGCCGCUGGGGGUGAGCGGGAGGAAGAAGAUCUUCAGGCUGACGGACGUGGUGCAGCAGCUGCCGGUGGACAAGAUGGACAAGCUGAAGCUGGGGGCCGUGCAGCGCAUCCUCAACGCAGAGCGGGUGGUCGUCCGCAGUGGGGCAGCUCCGAUCCGGGUGAAGAUCCUGGCUCGCCUGGUGACCCAGUUUGACGGGAAGAUGAAGAACGAGAUGAUGGACUUCAUCCUGGAGGACAUCCGCAGCCGCAUCGACCUGGCCUUCGCUUGGCUCUACCAGGAAUACAACCUGUACCUCAGCCACUGGCCCAGCGGCGCUCUGGACAGCUAUGACGAGUGUCUGACCAGCCUGCUCUCCGGCCUGCAGGAAAAGCCCGACCAGAAAGACGGGCUGUUUACCAAGUUGGUGUUGGAAGCUCCCUGCAUCACUGACAGCGCCUUGGAGGUGAUCCGCAGAUACUGUGAGGACGAGACUCGCAUUUACCUGGGAAUGUCCACACUCCGAGACCUGGUGUUCAAACGCCCGUCAAAGCAGCUGCAGUACUUGCACGUACUGCUAGACCUCAGCUCCCACGAGAAGGACAAGGUCCGUUCCCAGGCGCUAAUGUUCAUUAAGAGGAUGUAUGAGAAGGAGCAGCUUCGUGAGUACAUUGAGAAAUUUGCCCUGAAUUACCUCCAGCUACUGGUUCAUCCCAACCCUCCGUCCAUCCUGUUCGGGGCCGACAAGGACACAGAGGUGGCUGCCCCCUGGACCGAGGACACAGUGAAGCAGUGCCUGUACCUGUACCUGGCUUUGCUGCCCCAGAACCACAAGCUGAUCCACGAGCUCGCUGCCGUCUACACUGAAGCCAUCGCCGACAUCAAGCGCACGGUGCUGCGAGUCAUCGAGCAGCCGAUCCGGGGGAUGGGGAUGAACUCCCCGGAGCUGCUGCUGCUUGUGGAAAACUGUCCCAAAGGGGCUGAGACCCUCGUCACUCGCUGUCUCCACAUCCUGACCGACAAAGUGCCUCCGUCUCCCGAGCUGGUGAAGAGAGUCCGUGAUCUCUACCACAAGAGGGUGCCUGACGUGCGCUUCCUGAUCCCAGUGCUGAACGGCCUCGAGAAGAAAGAAGUGAUUCAGGCCCUGCCCAAGCUGAUCAAACUGAAUCCCAUUGUGGUGAAGGAAGUCUUCAACCGGCUGCUGGGAACCACACACGGUGAAGGUGGGUCCACAGCGAUCUCACCUUUGACGCCUGGCGACCUGCUGAUCGCUCUGCACAACAUUGACUCCACCAAGUGUGACAUGAAAUCCAUCAUCAAAGCCACUAACCUGUGUUUUGCGGAGAAGAACGUGUACACCUCGGAGGUGCUGGCGGUGGUGAUGCAGCAGCUGAUGGAGCAGAACCCCCUACCCAUGCUGCUCAUGCGCACUGUCAUCCAGUCCCUCACCAUGUACCCCCGGCUGGGGGGCUUCGUCAUGAACAUCCUGGCCCGGCUCAUCAUGAAACAGGUGUGGAAAUACCCCAAGGUGUGGGAAGGCUUCAUCAAGUGCUGCCAACGCACCAAACCUCAGUCCUUCCAGGUCCUGCUGCAGCUGCCGCCCACACAGCUGGCCAGUGUCUUCGAGAAGUGCACUGAGCUGAGGGAGCCCCUCCUCACACACGUGCGUUCCUUCACACCUCACCAGCAAAACCACAUUCCCAAGUCCAUCAUGACCGUGCUCGAGGCCAACAUAAAAACUGACAUGGAGCCCAUGGACACCAAGAUGCUGAGUGAGGAGGAAAUGCAGCACAUGUCUAUCGCCCAAGUACAGAAGGACAUGAUCACCGUACGUUUGGCUCAAGAGAAAGCCUUGAAGAGGAAGCUCGAGGAGGAGCAGAAACUCAAACAACAACAGCAGUUCGCUGCUCAGUUACAGCCUGGGGCCUGUGUUCUCGGAAAAGCCCCCGUCUCUCUCCUAGGCCAGCCCAUGAUGGGCCAAACUCCCCCCUCCAUCCUAGGCCAGCCCACACACCAGUCCCUGCUAGGGCAUCCCAACCAGUCACUCCUGGGACAACUCAACACGUCCAUCUUAGGUCAGCCCACCCAGUCUAUCCUGGGACACCCGAGCCAGUCCAUCCUGGGACACCUCUCCCAAUCCAUCCUGGGCCACCCCUCACAGUCUAUCCUGGGCCACCCCACACAGUCUAUUCUGCCACAGAGCAACCCACCAAACCUGUCACAGGGCAACGCACCCAGUAAACCCAACACAACUAACCUGGGCAAGGUAGCCCUGCCCACCAUGGGCAAGCAGGCUUCUCCCACCAUGGGCAAGCAGACCCCGCCUACCCUGGGCAAGCAGGUCCCUCUGCUGGGCAAGCAGACUCCUCCCGCUCUUGGCAAGCCAGUCCCACCCAUCCUGGGCAAGCAGGCCCCUCCCAUGCUGGGCAAGCCAGCCCCGCCCACUCUGGGUAAGCAGACUCCUCCCACCAUGGGCAAGCAGGCCCCUCCCCUGCUGGGGAAGGCAGCCCCUCCCACUCUUGGAAAGCCACCUCUGCCUAUUCUGGGGAAGCAGGCCCCGCCCACCCUAGGCAAACAGACUCCUCCCACUCUGGGCAAACCAACAACCCUCCCACCCAACCUGACCCAGACUAACUUGGUCCAGACCAACCCUCCCACUUUGGCCAAGCCGGCUCCUCCCACUCUGGGUAAACCCACGCCUCCAACCCUGGGCAAGCAAGCUCCGCCCACCCUAGGCAAGGCGACCCCUCCCACACUGGGUAAGCAGGCCCCUCCCACCCUAGGACAGCCCACCCCGAGCCCCGCGGGAGCGGCUCAAGAGGAGCCGAUGGAAGUGCAGAGCAGCACAGGGGCGGAGCCUGAGACCCCCACCAUCAUCAUCAACGUGAAGGAGGAAGAGGAGGGGCCGGUGGUGGGGGUGGAGGAGGCAUCUCAUGAGAUGGUCGUCAUGGACUCGGGGCAUGACGGACAGAUUGUGGUAAAGGACACGGACACGGGGGAGCGAGGAGGGAGGCUACAGCCACUGCACGAGGUGGGACACCUGGUGGAGCCGGACCAUGGCUCCGUCACCGAGCAGGUGAUCCUGGUGAGGGACGAAGCCCCUUCUCCUCUGGCGGCAGGGGGUGGGGAGGAGGGCGGAGGAGGGGGCGAGCGACAGACCCCUCCCGCGGCAGACCAGCCCGAGGAGCCCAUGGAGCAGGAGGGGGUGGGAGAAGCGUCCGAAGAGAAGGGGGGAGGGAAUGGGAGCCUGCAGAAACCCAUCACCAAGCGCAAGGCCACCUUGAGGAAGGUCAACUGAGGAGCGAGCGGUCAAGGCCGAGUGAUGGAGAGAAGAGGAGAGAGGAAGAGGAAGGAGUUCCGAGCUUGACCACAAGUCUCUGAUAGCCAAUACCUGAGAAGGAGCCAGGCUGGCCAGCCUGACAGCGAAUCGGGACAUCAUUCGGACCUUGAUCAGCAGAUAAUUUCAGCCACAAUAGAUGUUUCAAUAGAGGAAAUACCCCCCCUCUCCUCUCCCCACCCCACCCCGUAUAAACAUGUAUUUUAUGUGUUGUGGACGACGUGUCACAGUUUUAACGUGGUGUGUGUCCCCCCGCGCCCCCAAAAAGGAGGGCACCCGCACCCCUCUUCUUCCACCCCACCUCCGGACUGGCCGACCGCCAUGUUUGUUCUGUUGGCCCCAUCCCGGGACUCCCCUCAUCCACCAUCCUCCCAUGUUCCCUGUCCACUUGCUGCAAUCAUAUUCCCUCGCGUGGUCUCGCUCCCUCCCACCUCCAGGCGUUCAGGUGAGGAGGCGGACAGUUUACUUCCAGGUUCAGUCCGGUCACCCUUCAAAGCCGGAAUCUCCAUAACUUUUAAAUUUAGCGCCGUGCCAUAUGGGGAGAGGUUAAUAAUAAUAAUAAUAAUCUUUGCAUUUGAUAUAGCGCCUGAUCACGCCUUCGAGGAUGGUGGAAUAGGGGAGGGGGGGAAGCCAUGUGCCCACCGCCACAGCAACCACGACAACCUAGUUUUGAUCGCCGGUUCCUGUUUUUGCAAGGAUGUUGCAAAGACUUUUAUUUUUCUUUGUGAGGAGGUAUAGGGGGGAUUGUUAGCCUGUGUUCAAAUCCUAGCGGUUGCUCUUUUAUGCCACGAAGACCAUCUUAGACUUCAAACGCUAACCCCUCCCCCCCCCCCCGCGCCCGAUUGUACGAACCCAAUCAAUAAAUACUAUUUGUGUUUAA